GUAGGAAGGAGUCGUCCCCCCCCCUUCCAGCCCACCUACCCACCCUUCGAUCGCGUAGUCGUGAUCACGCCCGCGGGAUUGACAGUCGUUUGUCUUCAUGUCGUGCGAGAGUGCCCCGAAUCAUGCAUCGAAUUAAGCAUAGAAAGUGCCAAGAAACUGAUAACGAUGUAACCGUAUAAGUUGAACUGUAUUAGACGCGUGGCGUACGUUACGCGAGUCGGUGUGUUGUUACAACAAACCGCGUGAAGGUUAUGGAUCCCGCGCGAGGCGUCGCGUCGCGCCGUGUGAGGUCCCCAUGCGAGAAUCAGUUCGUUUUCGAUCGUCUCAAUAAUAACCACGCAUGGUUAUUAUCACACUCAACGGGAGAUUUCGCGUUCGUCUCUCGUCAAUAACAGAUCGCGUCGCGAAGUGAAUCGUCUUUUGGGUCACGGGCUAGACAGCGAAGUCGUGCGUCAAGUGGUGUGAACCCCGUGUUGUACAUACGGUAGUUGCCUCGUCGCGUCGCGUAAAUAAACAACGAUGCGUCUAAGAACAUUUUCUUUCCUUCCUCGUUGAAGAUGAGUCAACUCGCAAUGAUCGAAAAAGCUUCGGGAACGUCGGGAAAAUAAAGUGACGAGAACGGAGCCGACGGAGCGUCGCAUGUCGUGCGAUUACGAACGCGUUAAUCGAUGCAGGCAAGUGAUUAUGUUUUUUGGAUUGCAAGCUAGGCUGCAUACUCGUGCGUUAAGUGGUGUGAACCCCGUGUGUAACAAUCGUUCCGAUAUCACUUAAAUAACAAUACGGCGCGUCCGCGAAUAUUUUUCAUCUCUUCGUUGAAAGUGAGUCAACUUACAAUGAUUACAGAAGCUUUGAGAAAAUAAAAUAAAGCGUCUUAUUGUACAUUGUCGGCAUGUGUACGUCGCGCUGACCAGUGUUAUCACGGUUAAUCGCAUUUCUUGGACUCUUGAAGGUUAUGGACACCGUCGCGUCGCGUCGAGAAAAUUCUUUGCGCGAAUUCCAUUGUUUUCGAUCGUCUCAACAGUGUAUUAUCGUGUCCGCGGGUUUCGCAUUCGUUUCUUCCAGAGAGUAGAUCGUGAAAUAAAUGAAUGCGUGAGUGACGAAAACGGAGUUGACGGACGGAACCUCGUAUGAUUAUCGAAAUCCGUAGGUAUUCUUUCCUCAUGAAGAUCGAGAUGGCUUGUCGAUUUUUUUAUCUAUCAAUCUCUGUUUCAAUAGCUCGAUCGUCGAAGUCACGUAUUGUCGGUCUACAAAAUAAAUUCUCGAUGCAGGAGUACGGAAACGAAAUCCGACGGUAAUCGCGAUACACAGAUGACAGGUCACGUCACGGAAUUUUUUCACAUCUCGCAUUUGACGUAUAAAAUCACAUAUACGUGUUUUUAAUUAUAUCUCAUUAGAGACGAAACGUGCGCUCGUAAACAUCGAGGGUGCCGAUUAAAACAUCGCGCGAUGAUUGUACUUCGUUAAUUAAUUCGCGAUCGUUAUCGGUCGACUUGUUGUAUCGCGAACGUGCGCGCGCGUACGUAAGCGUAAUGCGCGUGUAGUCGAACGACCAAAAUAGUGAGUGAAGUGUUAGUGGAAUAACGCGACCAAAAAAAACACUGGUAUUUCGACGAGGAGCUGGCUCGGUUGCAGCUGCGGUCGGGAUGGCAACAGCGGCGCAAUGGCUGAGGCAACUUAUGGGUCAGGAAUAGCAGCAACGAUGCAGCGGUCGUUAUCCAAUGAGAGACGGUAUUCUGAUUAGAAGAACACGAUGAGAGGUGGUGCUGGUGAUGAUGGUGGUCCAUCCAUAGUUACUGUUCCCGCUUCGACGUCCCUUAAUCUUAUGCCAACCGAGGAUAGUAUGGACGACGACGUAUUCGAAAUGGACGACGAUCGCUCUUCCACCGUUGUUUCUAGAGGCCUUACACCCGCAACCGUGGAGCGACCCCUCGAAAAGACACCCUCACCUACCGGAUACCGCGAUUACAAGCCACCUGCCGAGGUGCUGAGUAACAACUACAGCACGACUUUUAGAACAACGAGCAACUUCGAUAACGUAAGAAGCACAUUGAAGAAGGACCAAGAAAGAGAAGAUAAUUUUACGCACAAGACAAUCCUCCUCGGCGAUAGUGGAGUCGGCAAGACUUCGUUAUUGGUCCAAUUCGAUACCGGAAGAUUCCAGCCGGGAAACUUCGCGGCCACCGUUGGUAUCGGUUUUACGAACAAAGUUGUCACCGUCGAUGACACGCCGAUCAAGCUGCAGAUAUGGGACACAGCCGGCCAAGAGAGGUUCCGAAGCGUGACGCAUGCUUAUUACCGAGACGCACACGCGCUUUUGCUGCUGUACGACGUGACGAAUAAGACGAGUUACGACAACAUCAGAGCUUGGCUAAGCGAAAUCCGGGAACACGCGAACGAGGAUGUCGUCAUCAUGCUGCUGGGUAACAAGUCCGACUGUGGCACGGAGCGUGUUGUUAAGCGGGAAGACGGCGAGCGAUUAGCGUAUGAGUACAAAGUGCCGUUCAUGGAAACGUCUGCCAAGACUGGCCUCAACGUCGAAUUGGCGUUUCUCGCCGUUGCUCGAGAGCUGAAGGCUAGGAAAAGCGACGGCCCCGAUGGGACAAAAUUCAACGUUCAGGACUACGUGCGCCAGCAAUCGCAGCGAAGCUCCUGCUUCAGCUCCAACUGCCUGUCAACCUGAACUGCUUUCCUUUUUUUAUUUACGUUAAAUUAAGGGGAUACGCGAACCGGAGCCGUGUUGGUCGCGAGGAGAUACGGCGCGAAAUUGCAAUCGCAGACCGGGCAUUCAUUUGAUUUUCGUGUGAGAGAACAUCAGUGUAACAUUCGUUGCGGGACAGUAUGAAUUUUAUACUCGAUUCAUAGAGUAACUUUCCGACUAAACCACAACCACACAGGCAGAUCGAUCCAAGUUCGUCGGGUGAAUCGGAAAUCGGAACCACGAAGAGUGAUCAGUAUGUUCUCGGGAAACGCGGGAGGUAUUAUUUCAUAAAACGUCAUAAACGUUAACGCAAACCGCGUUAUCGAAAGGAUCGAUGAAUACGAAAUCGUUUGCGUUGUUAAAUGAAUUGAGAUCGGAGAGCUGAGUUUUUUUUUAACGUAUAGCAUCGGGAGGAACGCGGAGUUCUCGUUAAACGUAAGCAAACAUGUGUCAAUGGUUACUCGCACACGCUGUAUAUUAAUGUGAAUAGUUCUAAGAGGCUAGAGAGAGUUUCACACGCAGGACACCUAUAGAUAAGGCUUUAGCUUGAUGGUUCUAAUUUCGUGUACGCGCCACAUCCGCGUACAUAUAUAAUGCAUAUAUAUAUAUACAUAUAUAUCGUUAAGUGCUCAAAGCGAUCAUUAAACGAUCGCCGAGCAUAAGUUGUAACGUCGAUUGUCGUACACCGAUUCCGUAAUCGUUCGUUACGUUGUGCUCCAUUAGCGCUCGCUGUUCGCAACAAAGGAGCGCGAAUAAUCUUCGAUUUGCAUACAAUAUGCUUGUUACGAGUUACAGCUCGGCGCGAUUGCGUUUCUCUCGCGGUGCCUGCGUGAGCGAAGACAAAAUAUCAAUGCAAGCUCGGUCGACGUACCAAGUAGUUGCGAAGUAGCGCGUGUCGAAAGAGACAGAGAGAAAGGAGGAAAGAGAGAGAGAGGGAGAGAGAAGUUCCAUCUCGUAGAAAGAGCGUUGAAAAAACAAUUCGCGGCACCGUCGAACGGAGUGGCGCGCGAACACGCUCGAGUUUUCCUGCGAACUUUCCUCCUCUCUUCUUUCGUUCUCUUCUCUCUUCUUCUUGAUAGUCGAUGAGAGUACGUCACAGACUUCCAUACGCAUACUGCAUAAGUAAACUGUUAACUCUGAAAGACGAAAGUGAGACAAACGAGAGAGGAGGGUGGCGGUCAUUUUUAACGAAUCCAAAAUCGUCGUUACCGUCAUCUCAGCAAACUGUAAAAUCUUUUUUUAGAGUAGACGGUGUUUAUACGCCAAUGCUACUUCGCCGUUUCGCCUGCCGAGAACUCGCGACAAAUUGCGAUAUCGCUGGCGAUCUAGAUUCCAUAGAAAUCUGUGAUGUACACGUUUCGCGAAUGUUAUCAAACGCAUAAGCAUGUUUUGUAAUCGAAAAAAACUGAUAUUUAUGUAAUAUUAGAGUUGGGGUAUUGACUAGAGUGAAAAUAGUUAUCCGCAACAUGGAGGAAUGAAGGAAAUUUAUCAGUCGUUAUCGUGUCAGAAUUCUAAGCAAAGUUGAGGACUGCUGUCUGUUGAAGAGUCAAUAAACUUAAUACUGUUCAAUAAAGCGCUAUCAAGAUCGUUACCGCGAUGGACCGUUUAAUCACUCUUGAUUUGUCCAAGCCUUUAUUUUGCGAUAGAAUUAACGGAAGUACCGGACACGCGCGCGAACGUUAAUUUUAUAGCAAACGGAAAAAUCCGGACAGAAUUUGAAGUCGGUUUAGGCAGAAGAUUGACGGAAUAUAUCGCGUAUGUUACAUCCUGAUGUAUAUGACAUGCAAUCUGUCUUACCUGCAGUGUACAAAUGACAAUUUCAUGUAUCAAAUGUAUAUCAGAGAGAAUAUAUGAAAUAAAAGUCGACCAAACCUAUAA